AUGGACAAGCUUAUUACGGAGAUAGAAACAAUACACCAUGGUCAGACUCCAGCUCUCACGGUUCGAGAGGAGAAGACCAAGGAUUUCGUCUCAGAAACAAAAGACGCUACGCCAACUGCCGAGUCCAGUUCAGACUCGAGGUCACCAGCUCAGAUUCUAUCAACACUGAAAUCAACCCCCCGUCGUGAGGAACUUUCCGCUGCCAUAUUUGCUCUAGAUCCCUUCAAUAAGAGAUCUUCAGCAAGCAGUAUCGAUAUUAGAGUCCCAAGCCCUGUGUCAGCCCAGCUGCUCAAUGCUCUAGUCACCAUUACAAUCCCCGAUCAUUGGGGCUCUAUCAACGCAAUCAAUAGAACAGGAACAGGCGAUACCAAGCUUCGAGGUGCUCUCCUGAGGUGUCUCAGCAGUGUUUCAGGAAUCAAUUGUUUGGUGACACAGCUCCGUUCCCUCAUAGCCCAGUCGCGGGCAUCCUCCAGACAGGCAGACGCAUCAGGAAGCGGACGCCGAAUCAGGCACAUUCUGGAAGUUGUUUCCGCUCUGCUGGAACCCAUAGAUCUAGUGUGGCGCCUUUACAAUGAUAUUGAUGCAGUCUACGGGAAUGCUACCCAGAAGCAAGUGGCGUGGAAAGAACUUGUCUCUCAACUGGCAACUGGCAGGUUACUCUCAAUUUCAGCAGAAGCUACUUCACUAGCUGGGGAGUCAGAUCUUCCGAACAAAAUUUCUUGGCUUGGAACCGGGGCCCAGUAUGCCUCGUGGUUAGGAGCCAACAUUUCCCAUAUGGCCUCCAAGCUUAGCGUUGGCAACGAGGAACAAUGGAAGGCAGUCGCCUCACUCACAGGAAGGGCACUGAGUCUUGGGUAUACUGGGCCUUUGGUGAGAGAAAUAUAUCAUAAUCUUCUAGUCGAGCAAACACACUUGGAAAAGUACACCGCACUAUUUGACCAUCUUCGGUGGACAGAGCAAUUAACCGUGUUGGACACCAUAUUCCGUGAUAUCGAGAAAAGAUGCUUUUCUACAGAGAGUUUUAGUGGGAAUGAGAAGGACCUGAGUGAACCUAUAGAUGACGUCGCCGCUUUAUGUUCAGCCUUGAUAUCAAAACGAGCUAGUCUGGAAAGCCAACUAGUAGAUUGGCUUUCAGAUGGCCAAGGGGGCUCCAUUCAGACAGUGUCAUUAAGAAGGGCUAUCAUUGUCAAUUUGGCACACCAGAAAGCAAACACUCAAGCCAUUCUUCUUGCCGCAGGCUAUCUACAUCGCCUUAACCGAGAUGAAGUGAAGAGCAUUGGACAUACAAGUGUCUUCCUCAACGCUGUAUCCAACCGCUUAGCAGCGACCUCCACACGGGCCCGCUUCCUCGGAAUGAUCAUUGGCACUGCGAUCUCGCAGCUUAUUGAGGAACCCGGUAAAGCAAUCAAAUUUGAUCUCGAAGAGAUGGAGGGCGAUGAGGCUACAUGGUACUUGAGUCUUGUUAAUUCUAGCGACAAAAUUGGGUCUCUGGACUCCAUUAGAUUGCCAAAAAUCAGGGCCGAAGCGCGCACAAGCACUACACGUCCUCUUGGGAAGUCUAACCAACGUACAACAAAAAUUGUGGCAGUUGAAGAGAUAGACAAUUCGGAUGAGGAGGGUGAAGACGAGGAUGCUGAUUUGAUACCUUAUGAAAAACCUGACGAAGAUCCGGCUGAUGAGGACGACGACCCAACGCUUCUGCAGCGGAAUAAACCGGCUGCGCCAGUGUACAUCCGCGACCUUAUAAUAUACCUUCGGGACACAGAGAACCUAGACCGUUACGAACUUGCCCUCGCAACAGCCCCAGAACUAAUCAGACGUAAGGCCGGCUUUGGUACAGAGCUCGCCGAACACACAGAAGAAUUGGGUCUCGUGCUCGUCGGCCUACAAGAGCAAAGCAAGUUCGCGAGGUUUCAUGAACUCCGUCUUCAGAGCAUGAUUGCUCUUAUAGUGUCGCGGCCUCUCAAGAUGGCCCGCUGGUUUGCCGCCGUAUUCUUUGACGCCGACCUAUCCCAAGCGCAGCGGUCAGCGGUCCUUAUUGCCCUAGGCCUCAGCGCCAGAGAGGUGGCUGGAGUCGGGGCGGAUGACGCGAAAGCAAUGGGACUCCCGGCCCUAUCAGAUACCUCCUUCCCUUCGAAGCGACUUCCGGCUAAUCUCGAAGCGUUCUACGCCAGCCCCGAGUCUCCCAUAGCGAGCAUAACAAGGGGCAUUGAGCGAGCAUCACUUCAGCCAAUCGCGACAGAGGCAGCAGACUCCGUUUCUGGUCCAAAAGCGCUCAAAGUACGCAAGUUCUCCUCCCGUAUGGAAGUCGAGAAAAGGCGCCAGCAGCGCGAGGCGCACCGUCAGAAGUCCACAGUGAAAGACCUAUAUAAGGUUCUCUCAGAGGGCUUCUUCUAUCCAUUGACCGGGCGUUUUGAGAUCAUGAUGAUGCAGUUCACUUCCUCAACAGCCCCCUCCCACAACCCUUUCUUCGUCCCGCAUCUACUUACCCUCUUCAUCCAAACCCUCACCAUCAUUAUCUCAACAAGCGGUCCACAUACCCCCUUCCUGCCCACGCUAACUCAUCAAACUCUGACAUUCCUCCUCUCUCUGCACGCGCGCCCUCUAUCCUCAGAGCCAACGAUCCUUUCAGCACUCCUCUCACUCUUCCUCGCGGCGAUUGAUCUGAAUCUUGAAUUUGGAACGUCCGGGGAAGAGAGACUCGUAAAUGAAUAUGCAGUGCAGGUAAUGGAACUUAGAGAGUGGGUGGGGGAGGUCUUUGACCAGACGCCAGCGGUGGAGGAUGAGAAUGAUCCGCGGGAGCGGGUGAGGACAUUGGCGGCAGGGGUUAUGAUCAAGCUGGGGGAGGUUAUGGAGAGGUAUCAGGGGAGGUUGAUGGGUGUUAAUUCGGGGUUUAAGUACUAG